AUGACCUACGAAACCGACUCGGAUGGCUAUACGCUCGUAGACUCUGACUCUCACACUGCACUGGAAAGCAACCAUGUUGAGCUCGACGACGACGCUACUACACGCCUUGCAUCUCUGGCAGAAAAAAGGCGGCUCUGGUGGCGAAACGCGUUCAUCAAUGCCGCGUUCAUAGCUUCUUGGUACGUGUUCUUGUUUGCCACUGUGCUCUCCGUAUACAACAAAUGGAUGUUCUCUCCGGACCGCUUUGGCUUCCCCUCGCCGCUCUUCGUGACCACACUGCACAUGUUUGUUCAGUUCAUCCUUGCGGCUCUCCUUCGAUUGAUUUGGCCGCGACACUUCCGCCCGGAACGCAAUCCGACACCUUCGGACUAUCUACGCAAGGCCGUUCCAACGGGAAUUACGACAGCUUUUGACAUCGGACUCUCUAACCUGUCGUUGAAACUUAUCACGCUGUCCUUCUAUACCAUGUGCAAGUCCUCGUCGCUAAUCUUCGUCCUCUUGUUCGCUUUCCUAUUCCGGCUGGAAACCUUCUCCCUGCGCCUCGUGGGCGUGAUAUCCCUGAUCUUCGUGGGCGUGGUCCUCAUGGUCGCAACGGAGACGCACUUUGUUCUACCCGGGUUUCUACUCGUUAUGGCUGGCAGUGCCCUUGGAGGCUUCCGCUGGGCUCUCACACAGCUUCUGCUGCGCAGUAAGAAAAUGGGCUUUGACAACCCGGCUGCCACUCUGUACUGGCUCGCGCCUAUCAUGGGCCUCACUCUCGUCAUCACCACAUUCAUUGUUGACGGCUGGACAAAGAUAUUCGGUAGCCAUCAUUUCGUCGGCCAGGAAGCUCUGCGGACGAUGUUCUUUCUUAUCUCCCCUGGCAUCGUUGCAUUUUGCAUGGUGCUUAGUGAAUUCUACAUCCUACAGCGUGCAGGCGUCGUCCCUAUGUCGAUUGCCGGUAUCGCGAAGGAAGUGACCACAAUCACAAUAUCCGCAUGGUUCUUCGGUGACGAGCUGACGCCCCUCAAUAUCACAGGCGUAGCCAUUACUGCUUGCGGUAUCGCCCUAUACACGUACCACAAGUACCGAAAAUCCAUGGACGCAACCGUGUCCCUUGACGCGCACGGUAAUCCUGUCGUCGAUGGUGAUACGUCCGAUCCCUACGAAAGCCUUCCAUUGCGAGAGGGCGCUUCUGACGAGACAAGUCCACUGACACCGGAACCUGAUUUUGAAAGUCACGGGCUUGGACUAGAGCCUCUGCCGAAUGGCCAGGAACUCCUGUUCGAUGUCGGAGCCGAUGAUGAGGUUGAUCAGUCCCAUCAGCCGCUUAAGGAUGUCAGACAUUAAAGGCGUAAGGGCGGAGCUGCGACGGCUCAAGUUCGGCGGAUCACCGCGUAGGAUCGUAAGGGUGCCUUGAAUGCGUUGGGGGCAUUCAGAUGGCAGUAUAAUGUGUAGGGAGUACGUGAAAGUAAAUUAUAUGUUGUGAUGCCUACUC